AUGGUUUCUUACAAAAUGGUUACUACAUUACUACUCAUAAUGCUGGCCACUCUAGCAAGCUCAGAUUUAUCAAAAGACAGAGAAGAAUGUGCUGACAAACUUGUUACUCUUGCAAGUUGUCUUCCAUACGUUGGUGGUGAUGCCAACACUCCCACCAUAGAUUGCUGUACAUCCCUCAAACUAGUCCUUGACAAGACCAAAAAAUGCAUCUGUAUCCUCAUCAAAGAUCGUAACGACCCCAAACUCGGCUUCACCUUGAAUGCCACUCUCGCUGUUCACCUUCCAAGUGCCUGUCACAUACCAUCCAAUAUAUCUCAGUGUGUAGAUCUUUUGCAUUUGUCACCAAAAUCUCCUGAAGCUCAGGUGUUUGAAGGACUGGGAAAUUCUAGCAAAACAAACAGUUCAACACCAGGUUCUUCUGUUGAGAAGGGGUCAAGUUCUGAGGAAAAGAGUGGUGGUGGUUUGGGAAAGAGGUGGGUGGUGACAGAGAUGGUUUGUGCUAUUUUACCAUUUGUUUUCAUCGUAGGUUGA